CGACUGGGAGCCGCGGGACCCGCGCGAGGCUAUGGCUGUCUCGUUGUCGGUGAAGGAGGCGCUGCGGGUGGUGGAGGUGCUGGAAACCAUCGUGAGCAGCUGCGUGGGGCCGGAGGGGCGUCAGGUGCUGUGUACGAAGCCCACGGGCGAAGUCAUGCUCAGCCGGGACGGCGGCCGCCUGCUGGGAUCGCUGCACCUGGAGCACCCCACUGCCAGGAUGAUGGUGUCGUGUGUUUCCAGUCAUCUGAGGAGAGCAGGCGAUGGUGCUAAGACGUAUAUUAUCUACCUCUGCCACCUGCUCAGAGAGCUGCACGCGGCCACAGACAAAGUAAUGGGCUCACUGGGCCAGGCCCACGGGAAACACUGGAAAAAGUGUUGCCAGUGGAAACUCAUCGCCCGAGCUUGCCUCUCCUUUCAGACACAAGUACUAGACUGCGUCGUGGACCAGCACUUAAAGAAACACUUUUUAUCCGUGUUUUCUUCCCCUAAAGAGAGGACCUUGUGCAGAAGCUCUUUGGAGUCGCUCUUUGAAGCGUAUUUACGAGGGAGAGUGGGAAGAAAUCAUCACGGCUUUAUCUCACAGCUGAUAAGUGACUACCUUUUCAAGUGUAUGGCUCACGAACGUGGAUUUGAAGAAGUCUUCGAGUUAGUGGAUGACUGCUUCUUAGAGUUGAGCAUCGGUGUCACCGGCCUUCCCGUUACAGAGUCCAAGGUUGUAGCUGGGCUUGUGCUCCACAGAGACUUUUCGGUGUACUACCCGGUGGAGGGGGACAUGAGGCUGGUGGUGGUCAACGAAGCCAUCCAUCCACUUUUCUCAUCUUCUGAAUCAGAGUUCAUCGUGACUUCGGAAAUCCAGUUUCAGACAUCGCAGUUUUGGAUUAUGGAGAAAACGCGAACAAUCAUGAGUCACUUACGAAGUCAGAAUGUCCACCUGCUCCUGUCCAGGGUGAAGCAGUCAGACAUGGUUGUUUACUACGCGGGACUGAAUGGUAUAUCUGUGGUAGAGUGUCUGUCAUCAGAAGAGCUUUCUCUUAUCCAAAGGAUCACUGGUGUUUGUCCCUUUGUGCCCCCUCAGGAACCUUCACAGUUCGGAAUCUCUAACACUGCGCUGGUGAAAUUCUGUACGCCUCUUAUCCUUAGAUCCAAAAGGUACAUUCACCUUGGCUUGGUUAGCAACUGUGCUUUUAUUCCGCACUGUGUAAUCCUUUGUGGCCCAGUGCAGGGGAUGGUCGAACAACAUAAGGACACUUUCCACGGAGCUUUCAAAAUACUUCAGCAGUUGUUUAAAGACCAUCAUCUCAAUUACAUGGCACAAGCCAAUGACCAAAAUUGUUUACCAAGUCACCUUAUGUGUAAGAACAGUAGAGAAAGUCAUCAGGAGCCAGAGUUUGUUCAUGACUCACUACGGAGGCCUUAUCAGGAGACAGUUGUGGAGAACAAAGAAAAACUGAGAAAGCCACAAACGUGCAUAAAAACACAUUCAAACCCGGUAGGUCCAAAUAUAGAAUGCGAAGCAUACAGCCCAGGUUCAACAGCAAAAGAGAUACUUACAGAUGUCUGUCAGAUUGAUGGGAGACUGAGAGGUUUAUCUCCAAACAAAACCAGGAUGAUGGACAACCCUAAACCAUGGACUGAGAGUCAUUCUCCUGCUAUCGCAGCAAUGGAGACCUCCGCGAUGGAAAUUUCUUAUGAAAACUCACAGGUCACAAAAGAUGCUGGAAACGGGACUGUGUCAUCCGCGAGGCUAAAACCAGUGGAGACGCCUCUUGCCCCCAGUAAUGACUGUUUGCCGUGUAUACCGGCAGGCAGUGUUUUACCAGUGGGUGGAUAUUUUGAGAUCUUGCUGCAUUACUAUCUUCUCAACUGUGCUCAGAAAGGUCGGCAGUCAGAAGAAACCAGGGUGCUGAGCAAGAUAAUAGCUAAAGCACUUUUAAGCAUUCCCAGAAUCUUGUGUAAGUACAAGAAAGGAAAGCACAGCUUCCCACAAAUGUACAUGAGAACUGCCCACACCCUGCAAGCAGGUCAGCCCAUGAGCAGCUCUUCCACAGGUUUGGAAUCGGUGGCCAGUAAAUACCAGUUACUGGCUUCAGUCCUCCAGUGCUUGACCACGAUUUUAACCAUAGACUUGGUGAUCCCUGUGAAGAGGCAGCCUCGGGAAGUCUGUGAUCCAGAUUCAGAAGAUGAACUCUGAGACUGGAAGUCUUUUACCAACCCGGGCCUUAGCCAGCUCACGAGAAGUCAAGCAGACACGUGACCUCCGAUGCUCAGGCCGCUUCCAUCCAGCUGGGAAAAUGGGAAAAUGGCAUCGUCUCAGCCUUCUGGAGAACGCUGAAGGACAGCGGAUAGCAAAGCUCAGGCAGUAUUGGACUCGGCCGGAGGAGGAAGCCUUCCAGAUGGGGGAGAGCCAAGACCAAGUGUCAUUCUUCCCUUCCUCUUAUCUUGGUAUCACAGCUCUGUGUUCGUCUGCACUUGAGGGAGGGGAUUUCUUUAUAUCGCUUCUGCAAUCUCUUCCCCCUUGUUUUUCUGUAAUUUGCUCAUAGUAUUUGAUUAUUGUUCUUGUUUUUAUUUUUACCGGAGCACUACUCAGUUCUAGAUUAUGGUGGUGCUGGGGAUUAGAACCAUUAGGAUACCUCAUCUCAGCUUUGGACAGGGUUUGCAGAGACCUGCCUAUUUGUGCUAAAGACAUUCUUUGCCCGCCAUAAAACAGUGUGUGUGUGUUAGAAAUGUGACUGUAGGCAGCUGGAUAGGCAGCUGGAGCUGCUUUUCGUUGUCUGUAGUUAAGUUCCAGUACAAGAAAAUCACAUCUAGUAACUUAAAAAGACAAGACCUCGGGGCGCCGGCCUAAACAGUUGUGGGGUGUAAUAAAUCCAGAGCAGUUAUGAUGCAGGCCCAGCAAGACAGGCUCGGUGGCCGCCGGCCGAGAUGGCUCAUGGCUGUGGCCAUAGGGCUGGGCGUUUGAAGCUAGCUUUACAGAGCUGAGCACCUGGCUGAGCACAUGUUACAAUGUACAAGGCCCAGAGUUCAGGCCCCAGUCUCCACCUGCAGGAGAAAGCUGGGUGUGGAAGGUUUCACACAAAGGCUGGUUAAGUGGUGUUGGAGGUCUCUCGGUCUCUCUCCCUCUCUUUGAUGUUUUUAUUUUAUGUGCCAGAGCAAUGCUCAGCUCUGCCUUAUGAUAGUGUGGGGACUGAACCUGGGACUCGGAAGCUUCAGGCCCGAGAGUUUCUGCAGACGGUUAUGCUAUCUACCCUUUCCCUGUUUCUCCCUCUCUAUCGUCCCCUUUUCUGUCAAGGUCUAGCUGUCUCUAUCCAAUAAAUAUAGCUAUAAUUUAAAAAGUUAAAUGAAAGUGCUACUUACAUGAGAGAACCAGAGCGUCACUGCCACAUGCGAUGCAGGGGCUCAGGCCUGAGGCCCUGCCCUCUCUUGCAGACCCAGCACUCCCAAGCCACUGAUUGCUUUCUCUGGCAGGAUGCUUCAGCUUGCUGCAACUGUUUGUCAUUUGGAGUAGACAGUGAAAGAGACCAGAGCACCAGAACUUUCUCUAGUGUGCUGGGGGCGUACUCGCUAUCACCAUCAGAGCUCAUAGUAAUAACUAAGUCAGAAAGUAUUUAUUCUUGUAAUAAGAAUGGUUAUUCUAAUGUGAAUUUACAAACGUUUCUAUUAUGAAAGUUUACAGAUGUAAGUCAUGUUCUUGCAAAAGUAAGGACAGUGUCUUCUGCUUCUGGUACUUCUCUAUAAUAGCCAAGGCAGUACUUACGGUGUUUGUACCAAGAAUUCAGAAGUGCUUGUUGAAUAAAAUUGUCUUUAAUAUGUUCUCCUGAGUAUAACUCUC